AUGAGCAUGCGAGAUUUGAUCAAUGGGGAAGCAGAGCUGGACGAAGAAGAGAAUGACGAGUCUUUCGAUGAGGAUACUGAAGAGGCUAGACCAAGCAAACAACAGGAUCCUGAUCUUGACGACUCCAGCGAAGAGGAAGACGACGACGACGAAGAGGCAGCUCGGGCGGUCCGAGAAGGUUUCAUCAUUGAAGAUGAUGAGGAUGAGGAGGCAGAACAACGCCGGCGCCGGCGCAAGAAGCGCAAUCGUGCCGAACGAGAACAGGAAGAGGCAGCCUUGGACGAGGAGGAUUUGGACCUGAUUGGCGAGGCUAUUCCCGAGUGGGAACGUAAGACAGCUGCGCAACCAAAGCUCAAGCGACUGAAGCGUGGUCAUCGAGAGGAUACCGACCAGCGUCGAGAGCGUGGAUUAGACGAGAUAUUCUCUGACGACGAGGAAGUGGAUGCAGGCCAUGAUUUGGAUAGAGGUUUUGCUCGAUCAGACCAUCACCGGGUGGAUGAAUUUGCCGAUUUCAUCGAGGAAGAUGAUCUGGAGGAUGAGGACGAACGGCAGAGACAUCAAGAGGAGAUGGAGGUGGCUCGUCCACGAGAAAGAGGAUAUGUUGGUGGCACGGAAGCUUCUGGUCUCGACAAGGACGCUCUUGAUGACAUGGAGGCCAUAUUCGGAAAUGGGGAGGACUACGAUUGGGCUUUGGCCUUAGAGGAUGAAGCAGAAGCUAGGGAAGCUGGAGAUCAUAACUUAGAGUUGAAGGACGUAUUCGAGCCAUCACAGCUGGCGGAGAAACUUCUCACGGACGAGGACAACCAGAUUCGGUGGGCAGACGAACCAGAGCGAUUUCAGCUGGACCGAUUACCAUACAAGAAUCUACAGAUCACUGACGAUCAAUUCAAGGAGGAGGCUCGUUGGAUUACUAGUCUCAUUUGGCCAAAGAAGCAGUUGCAUAGCGAUUUACAGGCACCCUUCACCAGAGCUAUUGGAAAAGUGCUGGAGUUUUUCGUGGUGGAUGAGGUCGAAGUUCCAUAUGUCUUCCAACAUCGGAAGGACUACUUGAUUCAUGCCAAGAAAACUCGAGUUCGCGACAGCAAUGAUCAAGACGAGUAUGUUGUCAGUGCCGAAAAACUACUGAAUCAGGAUGACCUAUGGCGUGUCCUUGAACUUGAUCUUAAGUUCCGUGCGCUUAUCGAGAAGCGCAAUGUUUUGGAGAGAACAUAUGAUAAUCUGAAGCUUGCUGGAGGUGUAGACGAUCCAAUGGUUGAGGCCAUGCUACCAGUGGCAGUAACCAUGGAGGAGUUGCAGGAUAUCCAAGAUUUUGUAUACUUUCAGUACUCCUCGGAAAUCAAGGACCUGGCAGCUACGAAUGGCGAUAUUAAGGAGAAGCGUCGUCCAGGCGGAAAGUCGUCAAUUUUCGACCGCGUUCGAAAGGGCAAAGCCUAUAAUCUUGUUAGAGCUUACGGUAUCACGCCAGACCAGGUUGCUCAAAAUGCUCUGAGAGAGGGCAGAAAGCAGUAUACAGAAGACUCGUCUCUCACUCCUAUCGACCUUGCCGACACCCUGACUCUUGACAGCGAAUUCAGUACGGGCGAACAGGUACUUCUAGCCGCUCGUCAAAUGUUCGCUGAGGAGCUGUUCAUGAACCCUCGGAUGAGAAAGCACUUCCGUAUGAACUACUACAUGAUGGGUGUUGUUAAUUGCCGAAGAACUGAGAAAGGCCUACGGAAAAUUGACGAGCAGCAUCCGUAUUACGAGCUGAAAUAUCUCAAGAACCAGACCUUCAGCGACAUUGCUAACAAACCAGAGAUAUUCCUGAAGAUGUUGAAGGCUGAGGAGGAAGGGCUGAUUGAGGUAAAGGUCAAGCUACAAAAUGAGCAAGAGUUCCGGAAGCAACUCUUUGCUGAGUUUGCAUCAGACAAUUUCAGCGAGCUUGCCGAUGCUUGGAAUGAUGAGCGGCAAAAGGUUUUAGAUCUUGCAUUUACCAAGCUUGAGCGAGUCAUCACCAAGGGCGUGAAGGAGAGCAUGAGAACAGAAUGUCAAGAUUCUGUGUUGAAGAUUUGCCGAGAGGAAUAUUCGAAAAAGCUUGACCAGGCCCCAUACAAGCCAAAGGGUAUGAUUCUUGGCACAAUUCCUCGCGUUCUCGCGCUCUCUAAUGGCAAUGGAGACCCAGCUCGAGAUCCUGUUGGGUGGGCGUGGGUGGAGGAAGACGGACGCGUGUUGGAACAUGGGAAGUUUGAAAACCUGUCCCGGAAUGAGAGAGCCCGGGAAGACUUUGUUGAACUCGUACUGCGACGAAAACCGGACGUUUUGGGCAUCAGUGGCUUCUCUGUCGACACCCAUAAGCUGAUAAUCAGUCUCAAAGAUUUAAUCGAGGAAAAAGGCUUGAAGGGCGCCGAGUUCGAGGACCCCGAGACAGGUGAUGAUCGCAGCGAACCUCUCGAGAUUGUCGUUGUCAACGAUGAGGUCGCUCGCCUCUACAAGGACAGCGCUCGUGCUGCUCUCGACCACCCGACUUUCUCCUCGCUGACAAAAUAUUGUGUUGCCUUGGCCAAGUACCUGCAGAACCCGAUGAAGGAAUAUGCUGCUCUUGGAAAGGACAUUAUCUCGCUAUCAUUCCAUCCUUGCCAGCAACUUCUACCCGAGGAGAAGCUUCGAAAGCAGCUUGAAACAGCCAUGGUCGACAUGGUUAACCUGUGUGGAGUCGACAUCAACGAAGCUAUUGCAGACUCGUACACAGCAGCACUGCUCCCAUUCGUUUGUGGUCUUGGCCCGCGAAAAGCCACAGCAGUCCUGAAGACCAUUAAUGCCAAUGGCGGCAUUGUAAACACUAGAGAUGAGUUGGUCGGGGAUCCAGACAGUGGCAAGUUGCCAGUUGUGGGCCCGAGGGUCUGGAACAAUUGUGCAAGUUUUUUGUCCAUUGAGUAUGACAGCUCGAACCAGACAUCAGACUACCUCGACAAUACUCGAGUCCACCCGGAAGACUACGAGCUCGGCCGCAAGAUGGCGGCGGACGCUUUGGAGCUGGACGAAGAGGACGUAAAGGCUGAAGUUGACGAAGGAGGGCCUGGAGCUAUUGUUCGCAAGCUCAUCAAAGACGAUGAGCAAGAGAAGGUCAAUGACUUGAUCCUGGAAGAGUAUGCUGAACAACUCGAACGAAACUACAACCAGCGAAAGCGCGCCACGCUGGAGACGAUUCGAGCAGAGCUCCAGCAGCCAUAUGAGGAACUACGAAGAAACUUCUCGGUGUUGUCAGACAAUGAGGUCUUCACAAUGCUCACAGGCGAAACGCAAGACUCCUUGUGCGAUGGAAUGAUCGUAUCAGUCAACAUCCGCGUGGCAAAGGAAGACUUCAUCAUCGCCAAGCUCGAUUCGGGGAUUGAAGGUCGUGUUGAGCAACAGGAAGGCUCUGACCUGUCCGACAUUCCUCUGAACCGACUGUUCUCCAUCGGUCAGACUGCCCAAGCCAAACUUUUGGAGCUGGAUAGACACGGAUUUUCUGCAAGGCUUUCCCUGCGUGAGCAGAUGCUCCGUAUUCCAUUCCGCAAGCGCAUCGACCACGACCGUGGGGCUUGGGACUCUUUACAAGAAGACAAGGAUAAAGAGGAGCUUCGUGAGAAGGACAAGGCAACUGGUCGCACCCAACGAGUUGUUAACCACCCACUUUUCAAACCUUUCAACUCUACGCAAGCCGAGGAAUAUCUUGGGUCUCAGGCUCCUGGAGAUGCUGUCGUUCGGCCGUCGUCGAAAGGAAACGACCAUUUGGCAGUAACUUGGAAGGUGGCCGAUGGAGUUUAUCAGCACAUUGACGUUCUGGAGUUGCAAAAAGAAAAUGAGUUUUCCUUGGGCCGCACACUUCGAAUUGGGGUUAGAAAUUACACCGAUCUUGAUGAACUCAUUGUGGAUCAUGUCAAAGCCAUGGCCAAAAAAGUCGCAGAAAUGAUGGACCAUGACAAGUACCAAUCUGGUACCUUGGCUGACACUGAAAAAUGGUUGACUACUUAUACUGAAGCCAACCCAAAGAGAUCCGUCUACGCCUUUUGCCUGGAUAAGAGACAUCCUGGCUAUUUUCAUCUGUGCUUCAAAGCAGGGCAAGCAGGGCGUCCCCAUUCGUGGCCAGUUCGUAUUAUACCCAAUGCUUUCGAACUGAUGAAAAGCCAGUACCCUGAUAUGAAAGCGCUAUGCAACGGGUUCAAGUUGAGACACCAGAGUGAGCAGAUCAAGAGACCAUAA